AUGGAAUGGUCCGAGUGUAAAAACGAAAUUAGAGAUGCCUGUUUGGAGAUCCAGCAGCUUCAGUCCGACGUGGCUCACGAGUUUCAGCGACUCCAGCUGGAUUUCACUGAUACCCAUUCGCUUCAAGAAGAAGAACUGCGCAAGCUAGAUGAAAUGAAGGCUAGAAUUGAAAAUUUGAAGUCAGCUAGUGGUGCUAUUGUAGACUCGUUCAUACGAAUUCGACCUGAUGUCCAAACUGUAAUUGACAUUGAUUCCGCCAAUGGAGUCGAAAGCAGCUUUAAGAGUGUCUUGAGAGAUAGAUGA